ACUUCGAGUAAUUUCUUUGCAUCUGUUAAUUUAUGAUUCAGACAAUAUAGAGUAUUAAUUUCUUCAAAAGGAAGUUAGUGAUUUCUAUUCAAGCAUAUACAUACAUAUAAAAAGAUAUAUACAAAUGUCACUUAGUCAUCGUUUAUUCUCUGACGCUUUACGUGAUAUGCAACGUGCCAUGGCAAUGUUUGAACAACCUAUUGCUAAUAAUGGUCGUCGUGCUCUUCAAAAUUCUAUUUUAAAUAAUUCUGGCUUUGGUCGUUAUCCUGCUACUGAUAUGGUCGAGACUUCGGAUACUUAUGAACUUCAUGCUGAAGUCCCUGGUUAUGAUAAGAAGGAUAUUAAGAUUGAAAUGCCCAACGAUCAUACUUUAAUCUUGAGUGGUUCUACUGAAAAGGAGACUACUACAGGUUCUGAUAAAGAGAAAGCUGCUGAUAAGAAAGAGGAUAAAAAUAAAGAAAAAGCUACUGAAAAUGAACAAGCUCUUCAAAAGAAGGAUGAUCAAAGUCAACAAGUCACUCAAUAUUCUGCUCCUGAGUGGUGGGUUAAUGAACGUGUUUCUGGCAGUUUCAGUCGUUCCUUUACUUUCCCUACUCCUAUUGAUCAGGAUAAGAUCAAAGCUUGCUAUGAAAAUGGUAUUCUUAAGGUUAUCAUACCUAAGAAUUCCAAGGGCCAAUCCAGAUUCAUCACAAUUGAUUAAGAAAUAGUCAUUUUUUUUUCUUUUUUGCUUAUUUUCUUUUGUAAUAAAAACAAUAAUGAUUUAUUAUUGCAUUAAUGAAGCUUUAUACAAUUGUAUCGAUUCUAUAUUUAAUAAUGUUUUAAAUCCC